UCCUUUCCUUAGCGGGAAGGGAGAGAAAAAAAUCACACUCGUGUAGUCUGUGUCUCGGAUGUGUAGAUUAAAACGAGGCAAGGCGGUGGGUGCCUUAUUUAUAACUAGUGCUGUGAAGUCUAAUCCGCCCCGACCCACUGUACCCAGAGGCACUUCGGGCUGAGCUCCAGAGAAGGGGGGUAGGAGAAAGAAGCCACCCGGUGCCACAUUGGUGAGCGCUAUGUACAGUGGUAUCUGCAUCUACAUGUUCCUUGCUAUGCUGUCAACGAGCUCUUUUGGACAGCAGGCUACAGGCUCGCACAAUGAGAAUCCUGUGGCCACUGAGCUUGAGCAGAGCUUGACAGAACAUCACCGACAUGUUCGUGUCCCUUCAUCUGCUGGCCAGCUGAAACCUAUCCAGCGGCUGGAUGGAAAUGUUGACCAAAAAGCCAACAUUGGAGCUUUGCUGGCCAAAUAUCUCCAGCAAGCCAGAAAAGGUCCUACUGGAAGGAUCUCAAUGAUGGGAAACAGGGUACAGAACAUUGACCCUACACACAGGAUAAACGACAGAGAUUACAUGGGCUGGAUGGAUUUUGGACGCCGCAGUGCUGAAGAAUAUGAGUACUCCUCUUAAAGAACAUCAAACUAUCUCAAAAAGAAGAAUCCCACUCCCAUUUCUGUACAGAAGGAAAAAUAAUAAUUUUUGUCCUCUACGAAUCAGUGUUUAAAAAAUAUAUUAUGUCCUUGAUGUAAAUUCGUCUGUAAAACUAUACAAUGCAAUAUAUACAUAUGCAGAAUUUUCCAAAAAAAUGUUCUCUUUCUCCUAUGGUUUCUUAUCAUACUCUGUUGAUAUUAUAUUAAAAUUAUUUCAUUUA